AGUAUCAUAAGGUAACAGAGCUUUUUGUUAUCAUGGAUUGCUCAUGUUCAUUUUCUGCAAUUUGUGGGAUGUGGGUGUCACUGCCCCGAGAAGAUUCUGGUCAGCUCCCACCUUGAACCACUGCAGUCCAUAUAUAUUUGGGUAGCCAGACGCCAGUAGAGCACGUGCAAAUCGAUUUGCAAACACUUUUCACGAUAUGUUUGCUGGGUAUUGGAGUUCGAGUGUGCUGGAAUUUGUGGAUUUCUGAUCUGCUGGUCGGUUGCAUAGUGUAGCUACUUCAGCAUUUUCAGUUAAUGAAUUUGUUUUACUUUGGGCUGUGUAAUUUUGGUGCAAUAGGAUGAAAACAAUUUGCACCAGGUCUCUCUACCCCACUUGAUAGCAACCUAUGCCCACUUGUAUUGGCUGAGGUGGUCACAGUUUAAACAGCCCUUGUGAAGGACUGUAUCUCUGGUCCUGGUCCAGAGCAUCAGUUCACACGGUGUUCCUGUGGCAUUUCAACCUGCCUCCUGAACUGAAGAUGAAGAUUGUUGCUGUCAGAGGGGCUGACUUGUACAUAAUGGAGGUCAGCGAUCUUACCAUUUGUCAGAAGCAGAUCUGUGAAAUCCUUGCCCCUCUCUUGAAAGACAAAUCGCUGUUGUUUGCUGCCCCGUUCAGAUGUCCGGGGAGCUGCCCAAGAAUUCACUGAGAAUUUGAUACAAACUGCUUCUGUGCAUUCAGUAUGCUGUUCGUUUAAUAUUUAAAAUCAAAUUUAACUCAAGAUGAUUUGUUAGUCAAUGGGAGUGGAGAUAAAAUGAAGUAGACCGAUCCUUAUUGCUUUAUUUACAAUCUGUGCAAUUUUGGAAGUUUGUCUGUGUUUUAGGAGCCCUUGCAAUGUUCCUGUUUAUGAAAGAGGUUUUCCAAAGAGGCGCCCCUGAUGAGGCAUUAGCAACAGAUGUAUUUUGGUAUAAUCUUUAUUGGCGACUAAAUACCCACGGGGAUGGCCGCAUAGAUACCCAGGAACUAGUACAUGCUUUGGAAGCUGUUCCACAGGAAGAAUCAAAAACUAAAACCUUUGAAGCGUUCCGGAAAUACCUUGAGAGGAACAACAAGAAACUAUUGCUGGGUUUUGGAAAAGUCACAAAGACCAGAGGUGGCAACAUAAGCAAAUGGAGGAUUAUGCAUCUCAUGGGAAGACUUCAUGUUAGUCUUAAUCUUUUCCACGCAAACAGAAUUCUUAAUCACUUGGAUCGAGAUGAUUAUAUGGAUAUGGAUUGGAAUGAAUGGCGAAAGAUCUACAUAACGACUGUAGAGGACAACAUGCGAACUAUGAUUGACAUCUGGCGAUACAAUAGCAUCUUUUCCAUUAACGAUGACAUAACUAAUUGCGAGGAAUUCUUGGAGAAUGUGGAACCGGAGAAGUGGUGGGGCCACCUUAUUGCAGGAGGCACGGCUGGUGGAGUUUCACGGACAGUGACUGCCCCCUUUGACCGGCUCAGGGUGCUGAUGCAGGUUUAUUCUACACGUCAAAAUAAGAUGAAGAUUUCUAGUGGCCUAAGAGCAAUGGUCAGGGAAGGAGGUGUAAGUUCAAUGUGGAGAGGGAAUCUAACUAACAUUAUCAAAAUUGGUCCUGAGCUAGCCUUCAAAUUCAUGGCCUACGAAGAGCUCAAGACGCUAAUAGCCAAUGAACCAGAAAAUUUGGGAAUGAAGGAAAGGUUUCUUGCAGGUUCAAUGGCUGGUGCGUUCUCUCAAACAGCCACUUAUCCAGUUGAGAUGCUGAAAACGAGAAUGAUGUUACGGAAAACAGGGGAACCACGGGAACUCUACGCCCAAAUCAGUAACAUAUUCAAAUAUGAAGGAAUUUCCACCUUCUACAGGGGCUAUGUGCCAAAUAUCCUAGGGAUCAUCCCUUAUGCUGGUAUCGACUUGGCAGUGUAUGAGGUUACAAUUUGGCAGCAUGAUGGCUCAGUGGUUAGCACUGCUGCCUCAAGAGUGCUAGGGACACAGAUUUGCCUCGGCUGA